AUGGCGGAGCCCGGGGCUGGAAAGGACGGCGGAGCGGCGGCGGCUGUGGGUGCCGGGCGGGCUCUGCUGGCGGCUGUGCUGCCGCUGCUGCUGGUCCCGCUGCGCUGCGCAGGCCAGAGCAGCCUGCCGAGCCCAGAGGACGUGCGGGUGCACGUGGUGAACACCAAUUUCACCCUGAGCUGGGAGUACCAGGGCAGGGACCCCGGGGUGACAUUCUCAGCACAGUUCCAGUGGCCGGAGCUGGAGGACACGGGCUGGCAGGAGCUGCCAGGGUGCCAGGCUGUGGCUGGCACAGGCUGUGACUUCUCCUCGGCCAUCUCCGAGUACUACGAUGCCCACUACGUGCGCGUCCGGGCCCAGGCAGGGCCGCUGCAGUCCCCGUGGUCCGAGGUCCUGGAGAUGGUUCCAGAACAAGUCGCCCAGAUUGGUCCACCAGGACUGGAAUUGCAGUCCACAAAUGGAGUUGUAAAAGUUAUGGUUUCUCCUCCAGAAGCAAAUCAGAGGAAAAAAAUGUGGAUCAAUGACCUGAGUUUUAAAUAUAACCUGGUCUUCUGGGAAAACUCCUCACAUGCUCAGCUGCAGAGUAAAAACAUUUUCCCUGUUGACAACAUUCAUGACCUUGCCCCAGACAGCACCUAUUGCUUCAAAGUCCAAGCAAAUCUCCCCAGGGAGGGAAAGGAAGGCUUGUUCAGCCCCACCAGCUGUGUGAAAACCACCCAGAAAGUGAACGACCCCCUGUGUGCCACCAACCUGAGUGUCCUGGCUCUGAACAUGAAAUUCCACCUGCUUUGGAGCAGCCAGGAAAAUCAGGAUGUGACCUACAACGUGCAGUACCUGCUUGGCUUCUGGAAGAAGCUCAAUGGUGAUUACUCAGACAAGUGGCUCAGUGUCCCUGGCUGUGAGAACACCACCAGCACCAGCUGCAACUUCUCCUCCAUCAUCACCCCCAAUGGGUUUUAUUACCUGAGAGUGCAGGCCAGGGAGGGACACACCAAAUCCUGCUUCUCCAGGGAAGUCAAAGUGGAUCCCCUGAAAACAAAUGGAAUUGGCCCUCCUGGUGUAAGGCUGGACCUCAGUGAUACUUUGCUCCACAUCCUUAUUUCUCCUCCAGGAGGAGAUGAGGAUGAAGUCAUGAGGGACCAUUAUGACUUGUCCUACAGGAUCCUGUACUGGAAAAAUUCCUCAGAUACGAAGGAGGAGGUGAAGCAGAAGGAGGUGAAGCAGACCAUAGCCACAGUCCCUGAUGUGUCCCCCUCCACGCUGUACUGUGUCAGAGUCCAGGCCUUCUCUGAGCCCUACAACAAAAGCAGUGCCUACAGCCAGCAGGAAUGCAUCCACACCCCUGCAGGUACACCUUUACCUCUGAUCAUUUUUGGGAUUUUCAUGGGUGCCCUGCUGCUUGUCCUGCUGGUGGCCACUCCUCUUGUUUUUGUGCUCUACCAAGCCUACAACAAGAUCAAAUACGUGUUCUUCCCCUCCUGCCAGCCCCCCCUGAACAUCGAGGGAUUUGGAGCACGGCCCUUCAGCAGCCCUUACCUGUCAGCUGCAGCAGAGGAAUCAGUGGAAAAUUGCUGUGUGAUUGAAUCCAUGGUCACAGAGGAGGGAAAUCAGAUUGUUUUUACAGACUACAAACACUGCAAGCAGAGCAGUCGAGACUCGGGGAAUUAUUCCAACGACGACAACGCUUCUGGGAGCAAAGGAUCCAAAGAAACACUGGAAAGGGAAAUGCUGUAACUUUGGGCACAGGAAAUUCCUUUAUGGGAUUGUCAACUUCACAAACACUUCAGACCUCUUUGUGAUGGAAAUCCCAGCCUGAGGGGGACACUGGGAC